UUGUUAUCAAAUACGGCUAACUCUCAGAAAGAUGACUGUGAAAAAUUGAAAAGGGAUUACAUUUCCUUUUACAACAUUUUGAAAAAUCUCAGAAUUGACGAUUACGAAAUUAAUGAAAUAGAAGAAAUUAAUAUGAACCGAUUAAUAGCGGAAACGAUUGCUAAACCAACAUUAGUUUUUCUUAUCGUAUGGCUCAUGACAUAUUACAGUAGAGAUUAUGUUUAUGAUUUUGGUAAAUUCAUAGUUGGCGCCAUUUAUCAAUACAAUUCCAGUCCUGCCGGUGAACUGCAAAAAAAUGAGGGUUCCGUAGAUCCAGGUUAUAUGAGUCAGGAAGAAUCUUUUACUAUUUCUCAAAAAAAUUCCAAUUCCAAAGAUAAUAUGUACGCAACUUCUGUGGACUUUGCCGAUAUACAACCAAUUCUUGUGUCAUCACCAAUGAUUGCAUGCUAUGCCUUAACCAUGUUUGUUUGUAAAAAGAGAAAAUCGUUUUUUAGGCGAUGGAGGAUAUUAUUGAAUCGGUUUGGUACUCAGAUUUUUGGAUUUUUUAACCGAAAUGAAUAUGAGCUAAUCCCCACGGAAAACGAGAGAUCGAGUCUUGUUCAGUACAUUGAAAGAAUCAAAGAUCGACUUCCAGUAAUCAUAGAUAAUAUUGAUGUAUUAUGCCAAUUUUGGAAUGCACAGAUUGUUACUAUCAACGAUAAUAUUUCAUUUUUAGGAUCAGUAGAUGCAACUAAAGAAGUUAAGAUACCCCGCCAAAUCGGGAUGGAAAUUGAGAAACUUUGGAACGAAGAACACAUUCGUUGCAGGAGUUGUCAUUACAAUUUGAAUGAAAACGUUAUUUUGAAUUCUAUGCCUGGAAUCAAU